GUCACUCGCCCGGGGAGAAAUUAGUAUAGCAUCUCUGAGCAGUGGACUGACUGGGUGACAGGGACCAUACAAUGCGUUGAAAAGUAUCUCACCUAUACCUCUUUAUUUGCUAUGCCUUCCUUAUAGCUAUGGACAUUCGGAUUGUUAAAGGGUGGACUGUCUCGUUAUUCUCGUUGGAGACCCGGACUGUUUGUCAAUGAGAUAUGUGGAGUCGCUCUAUCCAUCGGUGUUAACGCAGAAAAUACAAGAUGAAGAAGCAAUUCAAUCGAAUGCGACAGCUCGCCAACCAAACAGUGGGCAGAGCUGAAAAAACGGAAGUAUUAAGUGAAGACCUGCUACAGGUGGAGAAGCGGCUGGAGCUGGUCAAACAGGUGUCCCACAGCACCCACAAGAAGCUGACUGCCUGUCUGCAGGGCCAACAGGGGGUGGAUGUGGAGAAAAGGUCUGUCAGAUCGCCCUCGAAAAAGCUGCCCCUUACAACGCUAGCGCAAUGCCUGGUGGAGGGAGCUGCAGUGUUGGGCGACGACUCACUAUUGGGGAAGAUGCUAAAACUGUGUGGCGAGACACAGGAGAAGAUGGCUCAAGAGCUCAUCCUGUUUGAGUUCACCAUUGACAGAGACGUGGUGGAACCCCUGUACGAACUAGCCGAGGUGGAAAUCCCCAACAUCCAGAAACAAAGGAAACAAUUAGCAAAGCUGGUUCUGGACAUGGAUUCGGCACGCACAAGGUUCCACCAGUCCUCCAAAUCGGGUAUGUCCAGCAACGUGCAGCCAGGGGCCAAGGGCGAGCACCUCAGGGAAGAGAUGGAAGAGGCAGCCAAUCGAAUGGAGAUCUGUCGAGAUCAAUUAUCAGCAGACAUGUACAAUUUUGUGGCCAAAGAAAUUGACUAUGCAAGCUACUUUCAGGCAUUGAUAGAGGUGCAGGCACAGUACCACAGGAAGUCAUUAGAGCUCCUCCAGAAUAUUCUGCCUCAGAUUAAAGCCCACCAGGAGACGUGGGUGGAGAAGCCGUGCUAUGGGAAACCCUUAGAGGAGCACCUAGCCCUCAGCGGGCGGGACAUUGCCUUUCCUAUCGAAGCCUGUGUCACCAUGCUGCUGGAGUGUGGCAUGCAGGAAGAGGGCCUGUUCAGAGUAGCGCCGUCUGCGUCCAAACUGAAGAAGCUCAAGGCGUCUCUAGACUGUGGGGUGAUGGACGUACAGGAGUAUUCUAUAGACCCUCACGCCAUCGCAGGUGCUUUGAAAUCCUACCUACGGGAACUCCCUGAGCCACUGAUGACCUUUGAACUUUACGACGAAUGGAUUCAAGCUUCCAACAUUCAAGACCAAGACAAGAGACUCCAAGCCCUCCUUACAGCCUGCAAGAAACUACCCCUGGCCAACGGCAACAACUUCAAGUAUUUAAUCAAAUUCCUCGCCAAGUUGGAUGACUACCAGGACGAAAAUAAAAUGACCCCUGGGAAUAUUGCAAUUGUCUUGGGCCCUAACCUGCUGUGGACAACGCAGGAAGGAAACAUUACAGAGAUGAUGACCACUGUGUCCCUGCAGAUCGUAGGCAUCAUUGAGCCCAUCAUCCAGCACGCUGACUGGUUCUUCCCUGGAGAGAUUGAGUUUAAUGUCACAGGAAACUAUGGCAGCCCAGUCCACACCAAUCACAACGCCAACUACAGCUCCAUGCCGUCUCCGGAUAUGGACCAUUCAGAUCGCAAGCACAAUGAUCAGAGCCGACGUCCACUCAGUGUGGCCACCGAUAAUAUGAUGCUGGAGUUCUAUAAGAAGGAUGGCAGCGUUAGGAAAAUUCAAAGCAUGGGGGUCAGGGUGAUGGACACUUCUUGGGUGUCGCGCAGGGGCUCGUCGUCAGCGCGUAAAAGCUCCUCCACGCCCCUAGGUGUACAGUCCCCCCUCCUGCCCUCAGACGCUCUCAUACCUGAGCAGGGGGAGGUCUCUGCGUCCCCCUCCCCAACCCCUCCUCCCGCUAGCAGUGACCGUGCCAGUACUCUGAAGAACAAUGAGCUGUCUCCAGUGAUUGGACAGAAGGGCUUCCAGGGAACGGCACCCUCUGGUGGGCUGUCACAGCACUCUUCUGAACAUAGCCCUCACACCCUGAGAAGAGCUAAGAAGCUGGCCCCCAUCCCACCUAAACCCUACUCUCAGUCUGGGGGAAUGUCGGACCAGUCUACAGGUCAGCCGUCUCCAGUCAGCCUGUCCCCCACCCCUCCUAGUACCCCCUCCCUGUACGGCUUCAGCUACCCCCAGGGCUACGCCACCAUCGGCUCCCCGGGACAGGCCCAGACCGCCACCCCCUCUCUCUCCUCCCCUCCCUCGCUAGCCGGCACCCUCACAAAGGCUAGGCCCACUUCCAAGCCUCCUCGGCAGAGGCCCAGCCUACCCCCGCCGCAGCCCCCCAGCACCCCUGGCUCCAGCCCCCAACCUCUUGAGCACGGUGGCGGCCUUCUGGAUGGAUUGUCUCCUGGAGAGAGCAUGUCCACAGCGGUAUGAGGCGAGUGGUUCAAUAUGGGCUAAAUGUGAGAGGGCCUUUUAGGACUCUUUCUGCAACCUGGAUAUCCCCAUCAUUAACGUAGAACUGGAUGGCAUCUUUGAUGAGCCCAAGAUGGCCCCCUACAGGAACUCAGUGGCGGUGGUCCGGCCAACCCCUAAGGCCGAGUCAGAGGAAGAGUCUGAGAGCACGAUACUAUGACAUCACAAGUUUCCACGCCCAGCCCUAACUAUUCCAACCCGUCUCCAGGACCCAUUCUCUGACCUUUGACCCAAUGGGGACUCACUCCAGACCUCACAUCCACCCAUAGAGACCAAGUACCAGGCUCAGCCCUGUAAAUCAAAGUCCUUCUACAAAAAAAAUUUAAUAGACAUGAAUACAGAAAAUACCUAUAUCCACAUCCAGAGGGUUUCUGGCUGAGACAAUGGGGGUAGAAACUUUUGAUUCAGAGAAAGGGACCAAAUGCUAGGUUUUCAUGUUGACUAGAUUCCAUUGAUUCUAUCUGGGGUGCAUUCAUUUUUAAGGAUUUAUUUGAAACAAUUUUGUUAAUUUGUCUUUUAUUUUUGCCUUAUUUGAGUCAUUUGCGAUAUUGCCUUUAACUUACAAGACAUGAAAACAAGUUGCUUGGUGGAAUGGGUUCUCCUCUUGUGAGUGCAGUAGGAAAGGAAGGGGACAGGAUAUCUCUGCUUUCCUCUCCCUGUCACCAAUGCUAUAGCAUUCCUUUUGACGCCUAAACCCAUUCUUGUACUCUUGAGUUCACUGGCAUUCUGGCAACCCCUAGUUCCGUCCUGGCUGAACGUGUAUGUGUGUUUGUGAAUUGUGUGAUGUGUUUGGAAACGUGCUGCAUCAUUGAGUGGCGAGUUCUGCCAUAGUCUGUGAGUGAAAAUAUAAUGGUACUGCAAGACCAGUUUGAGCUUGAAUUCACAAUCACAUUCUUCAAAGGGGAGUUUAAGAUUACAUUUGGCUGUUAGAGGGGAAGUUAAAUCAGGAUAAUAUAUUAUUGACUAUUUAAAAUGACAGUUUAUACUGUACAUUUCAGAGUAUAUGAUAUUAACAGAGAUACAGGAGUUAUUAUAUGAGUCAUAUAAUAUAAGAAUUCAACCAUAGAUAUACAGAUAUUCUACUGUAUAUAGAACUAUAAAUACGGUCUACAGAUAUUAUAUAGUCUAGCAUGUACUUGACUGUACAUUAUCAUAGGAGAGGCUUGGAGCUCAGUGGGAGAAAUCUGCAUGUCUAUGUUGUAGUAGAGGGAAUAGAGCAUAGAAACAGAAUAAACAGAAUACUUAUAAAUGGAUUGCUGAAUAGUGAGUAUGAGUGGACUUUGCAGGGUGGGACUACAGAUGUAGGAUCUUAAUUUGAUCACCCUGUUGCAGGAGAACUUUCCUUCAAUGUAGGAAUUUCUUUAACUUGAAGUGUAUUUGAGGUAUUAAAAGGCUUCUGAAGUUUGUCAUUUCCACUUUGAAAUUUCAGACUUGAUUUUCCCUUACGAAAAAUGUAUCAACCCCUACAAAAACGUCCAUUAGUUAUAAUCCACAUAAUAAUUGACAUUUCCUGUUGCUGCAUGAUUUUUUUCCUGCUGUAGCAAACUGGCUCAAAUUAACACCCUUUGUCUGUAUACCUCCUCUCUGUGGUCUCUGUAACUCUGUUAAUGAGCGCCCUGAGACUUCUCUGGCAAGAGCCUGUCACUGGGGAGCUGGCUCAGCUGUUUGAAAGCAAAUAUUGGAAACUCUUCUGAGAGUGAGUGUGUAUAUGGGUGCAGUUCUGUGCCUGUGUGGGUGGGUGUUAUCCGGAAUAUAGGUACAUUUCUUCUGGUGCUAGAAUAUAUGUUUAUAUUCUAUCAUGCAGCGAAUGAGAAUAGGCUCUCAUUGAAAUUAUACAGAGGUUUCUGUUUCAGUCCCCCACCACACAAUAAAAAAACCCAAUACUUUCAUGAUGAGGAAUGUGAAGUAUUUCUUAUUGUGAUGAAAGUAUUUACUGUAUACCGAUGAUUAUGGUGCAGAGGAGUUGGAUUGACAUCCACAACACAAAAGACCAAUGGUCCAAUCUGUUUAUCCAGUGCUGGGGUUCAAAGGUGAGGCGCCCGCCCAUGACCUAUACAAACCUAUGACUUUUUCUCCUUAGAAAUGUUCCAUCCAUAACACUGAUUAUUGCCUGGAAGCCACAACAAACGCUGCUCUUUCAUGCUCUUAUGUUCAAGUGCUAUAUAUUUUAUCCAUCACAACACUAUUGUAAAUACUGACGCCUCUGUAUAUGUGUGUGUAUAUAAAACAGGGGGAGAGGAUUAAAUAUAUAUAUUAAGAUAAGAAAAAUAUAAAUAUUGACUGAAAGUAUUUAUAUAUUGACAUGUCCGUGUUGUUCUGGUCCUGACCACAAUAUUGCCAGAUUCACACUUAACGAAAUGCAGUAAGCUUUGCACGGUUAUCAGCCGCAAACUUUAAAUAGUACCAUAUAACACGGACAUAGAUUAAAGGUUAAAUCUAUUUUCUAGGAUUGUUAGUGCAGAGUCAUCAGCCUGGAGCUUAAUAAUACAGUAUGUCUGAAUGGAAAGUGCUGCAUCACUGUGUGUCUCCUCUAGUCUACAGCCUGACCAGUAGAGCUAUUGUAAGGGAUGUAUUUGUAAUUGUCAAUAGGUAAGUAAAAAGGGGACCACCAUCCUUCGAGGCAAAAAAUGGUUGAGUCAACCUAGUUAUUCCAACCUUACAGUACAGAGUAUAUUCCCCAGUGUAGAAGACAAAUAUCCUCUUCUGAAAGCAAUAUAGUUCAACGCAAUGCUGAGUAGACAGUUCCAGAAGAAAAAUGUUGAAUUUUAAAAUGAUAAAAGAAAGUGCAAUUACAGUAUUUGUGAACAGAGAAACAGAGAAACCUCAAAGAUGAAGGGGGUCCCACUCUCUUUAAAAUGAUUUGAUGUUUUUUACAGUUUAUAUUGAUGUUUUAUUGCUUUUGUCUUUUGUAUCAUUACUUGCAACAAAUGCCAACCAUGGCAUAUGAUUUUGAGGAUUCAAAAAAGUAUAAAAUAGACAAAAUUGCAUUAACAUUUUUGAAGGCUGUUCUUACCAUUUGGAUGUGUUGAAGUGAAUGUUCAGUUAUGUGUCUAUCUGGACUUCUGUCUGUGGUGAUAAUGUGCUGUUCUGUUGCUGUUCUGUAAAAGGGGUUGUCUUCUUUUUAUGAAGUGAUGGUUUGUACAUAUUUAUUGAACACACAACUUUAUUAAAAGCAGAAAUCCUGUCUACCAAGGGCAGUAGUUGGUAGGAGAGAUUCCUCAGACUAUUUCCACUAGUACAGUUUUUCUAAGCAUGUCUGUUGAGUUACUGUAAGAGAAAAGGCCUUUUUUAAAUGAAUAGGUGGAAUGUACUGGUGACUAUUUGGACUGUUUGCCUCAGGUUGUUUUUAGGGGGAAAUCUCAGUGUUGUGGAUGUAGUUUUAACAGGGUGGACAGAUGUUUGGUAGUGAUGUGAAUAGGCUUGGGUGGACAGAUGUUUGGUAGGGAUGUGAACAGGCUUGGGUGGACAGAUGUUUGGUAGGGAUGUGAAUAGGCUUGGGUGGACAGAUGUUUGGUAGUGAUGUGAAUAGGCUUGGGGGUUAUGACUAGACAUUGUCCCAUGUGUGAAAAUCAGCAGCAUGCUUUUUCAUCAUGCUUGUGAAAUUUGUCUUAUCUUUGGUCCUAUUUACCUGUGCUUGUCAUAUUUAUUUUUAUAUGUGAAAAUAAAAAGGGCCUUGCAAUGCAGGUAGAAUUAUUCAGUUCUGCCCUAUGAUCAGUUUAUCAGUCCACAGUUCCUGUUUUGCAUUUUUGUUGAGCUCCAAUCAACUAUUCACUCAACAAUCAACUAUUCACUAAGCAGAGUCACAUAAAUAUAUGAAGUACUGUACAUCUAGAAGCAUGGCUUAAUAAUUGCCAAACUUAAUGACUUAAUACAACUCGGAGACAAUAUAGCAUCUAACUUCUAGCUUUUUUUGCCUAAUGAGUCAGGACAGAAUGACAGUGAAACUGGAUGGAUGACUGGCAGUGUAUUUCUUUUUGUCUGUAAACAUUGAGUUAUUCUCUGAGGAUAGCCUUAUAUGGCCAUAAAUCAAUCCCAUUAUCCAUCAGAUGAAAAAAACCUCCUGCUUCAUAUUAGGUAAAACAAAGAUACACUGUUUUUGUUGGCCAAUCAGCCAAGCCUGAAUAAAUGUGGGAUAAAACACACCUGGUUUGCCUCUAUGAACAUUUGUAAGUUAUGACACUGUGGUGCAUGCAGCUAUUGUUUGGUAAGCAAGUACCUUUUAAUUAAUCUUUUUGCAUAGUUUAUGUUCAAGUAAUAAAUUAACACAAGGGGGCCAAAAUAAAAUGGAAUGUUGAUGCUCCAGAGACAUUGUUGUUAGAUAUAAAGGCCCUACAGUACUAUGUCAAACUGCAGUGACAUUGGGGACACUGAAAUAAAGACAGGGGACAUACUCCCUCUCAGUCACAGAGUGGAACAACUACUGUGGACAUGUCCUGUAAGAUCAAAAACAAUGCUCAUCAGAAUGUUGAAACUAUUAAAAAAUGUUUUUUUUUUAAAUGUG